CCCGUAAAAAGAGAAGAAGCCAAUGACAACAAAAGCGGAGUGGCUGCCUGGACACCGCCUCUGCCUGCUCGCCCUCCUGCUGCCCCUCCUGCUGACCCCCCUGCUGCUUCCCCGGGGCCAUGAAGCUGGUGGACCACGUGGUGAGGUCCUUCAGGGUCGCCAAGCUCUUCAGGGACAACACGGAGAAGAUAAACAACAUUGACUUCUCCCCCAGCGGCGACCUCCUCGUGACCUCCAGUGACGAUGACCAGAUUGUGAUUUAUGACUGCGAGAAGGGAACGUCAAAAAGAACACUAAACAGCAAGAAGUAUGGUGUCGAUCUCAUCCACUUCACACAUGCCAAAAACUCUGCCAUCUACAGCUCCACAAAGAUCGAUGACACCAUCCGGUACCUCUCUCUCCACGACAACAAGUACAUCAGAUACUUCCCCGGACACACCAAGAAAGUGGUGACGUUAAGCAUGAGCCCCAUCGACGACACCUUCAUCUCGGGCUCGAUGGACAAGUCGCUGCGGCUGUGGGACCUGCGCUCACCCAACUGCCAGGGCAUGAUGCACGUCGGCGGACGGCCUGUGGCGGCGUUCGACCCCGAGGGACUCAUCUUUGCAGCCGGCAUAAACUCGGAGAUGAUCAAACUAUACGAUCUAAGAUCGUUUGACAAGGGCCCGUUCAGCACCUUCCAGCUAUCCAUGGAGAAGGAGUGUGACUGGACGGGCAUCAAGUUCAGCCCCGACGGCAAGACCAUCCUUGUCUCCACCAACGGCUCCGUCAUCAGGCUCGUAGAUGCCUUCCAGGGCACGCCACUCAAGACCUUCGCGGGUCACCUCAACAACAAGGGCAUGCCGCUGGAAGCUUCGUUCAGUCCAGACUCACAGUUCAUCUUCAGUGGCUCCACAGAUGGACGGGUGCACGUGUGGAAUGCAGAGACUGGCUACAAGGUGUGUGUGCUGAAUGCAGACCACACAGGGCCAGUACAGUGUGUGCAGUUCAACCCCAAGUACAUGAUGCUGGCGUCUGGCUGUACUAGCAUGGCAUUCUGGCUCCCGGCGCUGGACGACAUGUGAGGGGCCGGAGCAAGUCACCACACAGCCACCCCCUCUCCUCCCCUCCCCCCUCGGCCCCAGGAACCAGGGUAGGAAGCCAGAGUCGGCAGCUGAGUGGGAGCGUCAGUGGUUCACCUCGCUCGGCUGGCCUUGGCGUGUGGGUCAGAGGGCUGGGCAUUGAGUCUGAGGUCUGGCUUGGGUUUUGACACCUCCAGUCACUCUUAGGGUUGAUGAGGAACCUCCCUAUUAAGCAGUCCAUCUCACGGGGGAUUGUUUAGAUGUCGUAUUAGUGUUUGUGAAGUUAUGUGGCUGGUUUGGGGUUUGAUUUCCUUGUUUGGAGAUGCGAGUUAGUUGGAAGUGUUGGAUUUGCAGAGUUAAGCCGACGUGAUACAAAGUUAAGGACGGUGUUGGAUGGCAGUGUUAAAUUUUUGUUUUGAUUUCUGGGCCAGAGUUAGUUCGACAUGUUUGUUUUUCCAGUUAAGUUGACGUAAUACAAGCUUUGUGACCGAGUUAAUCAGAAGUGCUGGAUUUUUUUUCGAUUUCUAGGAGAGAGUUAGUUUGACAUGUUUGAUAUUCCCAGUUACAUUGACAUAAUACAAGCUUUGGGACCUAGUUAAUCAGAAGUGCUGGUUUUUUAUUUUGACUUCUAGGACAGAGUUAGAUCGACAUGUUUGAAUUUCCCGGUUAAGUCGACAUAUUACAAGCUGUGGGACCUGGUAAAUCAGAAUGGUUGGAUAUUUUUACACACACUCAAGUCGACACAUAUUACAAACUUUGGGAUGACAUUAGGUAAAAGUGCUUGAUUUUCCCAGUUAUGUCGAUGUAACACAAGCUUUGGGACCUGGUGAAUCAGAAGGGUUGGAUAUUUUUACACUCUCAAGUCAACACACACUACAAACUUUGGGAUGACAUUAGGUAAAAGUGCUUGAUUUUCCCAGUUAUGUCGAUGUAACACAAGCUUUGGGACCUGGUAAAUCAGAACGGUUGGAUAUUUUUACACACUCAAGGCGACACAUAUUACAAACUUAGGGAUGGCGUUAGGUAGAAGUUUGAAUUUCCCGGUUAAGUCGAUGUAAUACAAGCUGUGGGACCUAGUUAGUCGGAAGUGUUGGAUUUUCACACAGUCCCAAGGCGACACAUAUUACAAACUUAGGGAUGGCGUUAGGUAAAAGUUUGAAUUUCCCGGUUAAGUUGACGUAAUACAAGCUGUGGGACCUGGUGAAUCAGAAGGGUUGGAUAUUUUUACAUAGUCUCAAAUUGAUAUAUAUUACAAACUUAGGGAUGGCGUUAGGUAAAAGUGCUUGAUUUUCCCAGUUAAGUCGACGUAAUACAAGCUGUGGGUCCUAGUUAGCCAGGAGUGUUGGAUUUUCACACACUCUAGUUGAUGUCAAUAUAUCACAAACUCAGUCAUAGAAAGUGAUAUACAAAAACUCUACCAAACCAACUAACUGCUCCUUCAAAAAUGUUGACAUAUAUUACAAACUCAGUCGUAGAAAGAGAUGUACAAAAACCCAACCAAACCAACUAACCGCUCCUUCAAAAAUGUAGUUAGUCGGAAGUGUUGGAUUUUUUCACACACUCACGUCGACAUAUAUUACAAACUCAGUCAUAGUAAGCGAUGUACAAAAACCCAACCAUACCCCAAAAAAAAAGCUCCUUCAAAAAUUUGGUUAGUCGGAAGUGCUGGAUAUUUUCACACACUCACGUUGAAACAUAUUACAAACUCGGUCAUAUAGAGGAAUACAGAACAAAACCACUAACAAAACUAAGUGACCACACCUCGAAAAACAAGUUAGCAAAAGACAACCAGCCACACUAUCAUCGACGAACACCAACACGACAUCUAAAAAAUCAUUCGUAAGAGAGGACAAACUUCUAUGAUAACAGCUCCGUGAUGUGGGUCUGAAACGUCUGGGUACCGGGAUACAAAUGGGCUUUAUAAUGAUGUAAGUGGACUAGGAUCUAGGCUAAGUAGAUUCGGUAGUGGUGUGAGAAGGGGCGCUAAGCUACGUGGGCUGGGUUUGGCGUGAGAGGAGGAGUACCUGACUGCCUGGGCUAUGACGGCUGCUUCUGAAGGGCCGCUGGUCUGUGCUGGCCUCGCUCUGUCUGCCGGGUUCCUCCACCAAUGGGUAUUACUUGCGUGUGUUUGUAUUACCUAGAUGAAUGGCCUCUAUGUCUUAUUGUCUUUGUGUUUUCCUCUUUUUCAUCGUUUUUAUUUUCCCUUGUGUGGUUGGAUGGGCUAUGAGUCUCUUUUUCCACUCCUGUCUUUGUGUCUGGUGUUGGUAAGCAUUUUAAAGCAUUGCUACCUUCUAUUUUGGUUCAGAAUUUAAAUGGUUGCUUUCUUGACUGACUCUUUUUAAAGGUAAAGAAAUUGGUUACCUUUAUGGAACAGUGCCACCUUCAUCCUUUGUCAAGAACUAUGUGACUGGUUGGCUGAAGGGAGAAAGGAAUGAGCUGUAUUUUUGGAACAGUUCUUUCUCCACUCCAUCAAGAUCCACGUAACUGUUUGAUUGAUUAGAGGAGGAAAGUAACAGUUUAUCAUUACAGAACAGUUUUUCUUAUAUCCUUUGUCCAGAUUCACAUGAUUGUCUGGUUGAAGGGAGAAAGGAAUAAGUUGUCUUUUUGGAACAGUUCUUUCUCCUCUCCUUCAUCAAGAUCCAUGCGACUGAUUGAGUAGAGGAAGAAAGUUACGAUUUAUCAUUACAGAACAGUUUUUCUUCUUUCUUUAGUCCAGAUUCACAUGACUGUCUGGUUGAACUAAGAAAGAAACUGUUUGUCUCAAUGGAACAGUGCUUUACUUUCUCCUUCAUACAGAUCAAUAGACUGGCUGAUUUAAGUAGAAAAUUAACUGUUUAUCAUUACAGAACAUUGCUUUCUUCUCUCCUUUGGUCAGAUACAUAUAACUGGUUGAUAGAUUGGCUUGUUGAAGGAGCAAAGGAACUGUUUAUCUUUACACAGAACAGUACUUUCCUCUCAUCCAGACCCUUGUAACUGGUUGAUUGACUGGCUGGUUGUGUGAUAGAUUGGCUUGUUGAAGGAGGAAAGGAACUGUUUAUCUUUACACAGAACUGUACUUUCCUCUCCUUCAUCCAGACCCUUGUAACUGGCUGACUAACUGGCUGGUUGAAAAGGACAAGGAAUCUACUACAGUAUCUUCAUGGAAAAAGGCCACUUCCUCUUAUGUUCAGAAUCCUGUUGUGUGUUGGUCAGAGUAGGGAAGGAACAUCAUGGUGGCUGGAUGGAGACUGGUUGGGUGUCUGGCUCAUCCAUCAGUUACUACGAACGCACCUUAAUGGACCCCGGCAGAAGGGCUUGGACAGGCUAUAGGUCUGGUUAGGUCAGGUUGGGUCGCACCUUUGCUGUGUUCAGGUACAGGGCUCUCAGGCUGGUCUGGGUAGGCUGGGUGCUUUUUUUACCGUAAUUAUAACAUGUAAACCUAAGUAGCACCGAGUGGAAGAAGUUAGGGAGUUAGGAUUUUCAUUGCACAUAGUUAGAUGUAUGGUUAGGAGAGGAGAGGUAAGGGAGAGACAAUGCUACCGUUAAUGUGACUCCUCCGUUGGUAACUUCAUUCUGAGAGGAGGAUGUUAGGGAGUGAGGACUUAUUUGCACAUUAUUUGAAGGACCUGCUGUAUGGUUAGGAGAGGAGAGGUUAGGGAGAGCAAUACUACCGUCAAUGUGAAUCCUCCGUAGAUAACUUCAUUCUGAGAGGAGGAUGUUAGGGAGUGAGGACUUAUUUGCACAUUAUUUGAAAGACUUGCUGUGUGGUUAGGGCAGGAGAGGAGAGGUAAGGGGAGGGAGGCAAUGCUACUCAAAAGAUAUGCUAAUCCUCUGCAGUUACCAUUAUACUGAGAGUAGAAAGUUAAGCAGUAAGGAUUUCUUUGGACAUAGUUUCAAGGAUUUGCUGUAUGUUAUGACAGAGAGAGGAGAGGCAAAAAGUGGGCAACGCUACUUUUGAUAAAUACGAAUCCUCUAUAGUAACCUUCAUGCUAGAACGACUACCAUCCACUCUUAAGAACCUGGUGUCCGAGGGGUAACAUACACUCCCAUGCUGUAUGCUGGGAGCUGCCAAACCACUCCCUUAUGUACGUCUCACCUCAGUUACCCUUAUGCUAGGACAACUACCAUACGCUCUUCAGAACCUGGUGUCCGAGGGGUAACAUACACUCCCAUUCUCUAUGCCGGGAGCUGCCAAACCACUCCCUUAUGUCUCACCUCUGGGAUAGACUCCUUUUCCUGGCUAAGAUCGUCUGGCUAGGAAGCAUUUGUAGCGUUACGUGCGCGAGGCCGUACUAGUAAGACCCAAUUUUCAGUGUGAAUAAACCCUGAUAAGUUUCGUUUACCUUACCAGUUUGUCACUCAUUGGUAGUGUAGGUUAGUGUUGAGAGGUGUGUCAUGUGUUGCUGUGGUGUGGCUUUCCAUCUCACAUCGCAUAGAAUAAUUCAGCUGUCUAUCAAAGGGGUGACCAUGGUAGAGGUGUUUCCACUGCACCCUCUUCAUAAACAUCUUUUCCCACCUUUCACACACAUCCACUCUCAUGUAUCUAUCAGUCACACACAUACACAUCACAAACACAUACAUACAUUACAUCACAGGCUAUCUUAAACUACUUCUUUCUAUUCAUUCUAGCAUCUCUUUCUUCCUUGUAUUUUUCAGUCUAUUCCUAAUCUCUGUUCACUCUCCAACCUUUCCCUUUGCAUGUAUUAUCCCUCUCUCCUACCCUCUGUUCAUUCUUCUCUCUCUUCAAUGCCUUUCUCAGUCUACUUCUUCUCUGGUCUCUCUCCUACCUCACUCCUCCUCCUCUCAGUCCUAUCCUUAAUCUCUUUUUCUUCACACCUCUUCCAUGUUUCCUUCAGUCUGCCCUUAGUCUCUGUUCUCUCUCCUUGUAUAUCUCUUCCUCAGUCCUGGCCCUAAGCUCUGUAGUAAGUGGAUUUGUGGUAACAUUGUAUGAUUGAUGAUGUGGUUGAAGGAUUUUGUUCCUGCCGUAAAUAUCAAUUGUGUGUGGAGGCUUGUCUUUUGCCCAGUGUCUUGCCUCUCUUAGUGAAGUUUCAAGGCAUAGCACAGGAUGGAAUGAGUAUUGGAAGUGUUUUGGCUAAGUUCUUGCCUCAUAUAUUGAAUUUUCAAGGCAUAGCACAGGAUGGAAUGAGUAUCGGAAGUGUUUUGGCUAAGUUCUUUUGGCAAUGUAUUAGUUUAAGUCAACGAAAGAGAUGUAUGUAUUCGUUUGUUACUGUGAAAACAAACGCCGAAAAUUUAUAAAGACGUGCAGGGAUGAAUUUUCUUUAGUUCUGGAUCUCAAAAAAGUAAGAAUUAAAGUAUUUUAUUACCUUUUUAGUCAGUUUCAUUUCUCGAGAAGUUGAAGAGAAAAUAUCCACAAUUAUGAAGAGAACAAUUUGAUAGAUGUGUUAUGUGCAUAUGUCCACAAAACUUUCAUAUCACGGUGAAUAGUGUUAUGAGGAUGGAGUGCAGGCUAGUAUGGGUAUUGCUCAGACACACACACACACACACACAGAGACAUGUACAAAUAUAGACAAGGAGACAGGACUAUCCACUUAGGCCCUGUAAACCACUAAUAGGUAAAUACACACACACACACACACACACACACACACUCAACAUCCCAAACACAACCACACACACACAUACACACACAUAUGACAUCACACACUGUAUCACACUCACUCACACAACAUCUAACACACUUGGUAUCCACACACACACACACACAACAUCAACACACAUUCAACAUCACACACACACACACACACACACACACACACACACACACACAUACAUAUGACAGUAUCCUCCCCUACCCAUCCCCACCCCUCCCACACAUUCAUACCCACACACAAGACAUUUCAAUCUACCCCGAGUCGCAAAUCACUACCUAACUGGACAAGCCACACCCCAGCACACAGUAUAUCCCCUCAACAAGUGUAUGUAUAUUCAUGAUUUCACUCGCUUUCCCUCCCCCUCCCUCCUUUUGUAACGCAGUAGAUGUAAGACCGAGGCAUGCGUAUAUUUAUUAUGUAGACCAGUUUAAUCCACCUGUGUUCUGCCGCUGAGGCCUCGUUCCGCGCGUGUGUGUGUGUGUACGGUGUUACGUGAUGUUCCGCUUGACGCGCCCGAGGGGAAAGUAGUGUAAUUUCAAACCAAAGAGAAGUUGUGGUAUGAAAUCAUUUUACUCUCCCUUACAAAACACUGAAUGACCUACUUGCCACCACACCCAGACCCAGACCAGUUGUAUUGAUGUGGGAGAUGUAUGCAAGAGUUUUUACUGUACCAGACAUAUUUACGCAGAGAGAAUGUGAACCUUCCCCCAGUCACCUUCGGAAGUACAUAGCCUACAGUUGACAGUCUUGAGAAUCCAGCUUUUUCAUUCAUCUGCUCAGUUCAAAUGUUUAAAUGGCUUGAAAUAUUCUAAUACCUUAUAAUUAUGAUAAAAAGAAUGAGUGAUUUAGCAGCAGCAUUAUCUAUAGGAAUUCAUUAUAUCUACAUUGUCAAGGAAAUCAAACUAAAUACCUAAUAAUAAUGAUGAAAAAGAGUGAUUUAAGAUGUAUUGAUUUUGUGUACGAAUGAAACUUAUGUGGUUCGUCAAGUAAAAUAUCUGAAAAUCUAAUUAUAAUAAUGAAAAAGAGUGAUAUAGAUGCAUCAGUUUGUAUGGAAAGGCAUUUUAUUUAGAUUGUCAAGUAUAUAAAGCUGAAAACCUAAUGAUGAUGAUGAAAGGAAAGAGUAAGACAUAUUAAUUUGUAUAGGAAUGAAUAAUAUAGAGUGAGCCAAUAAAAUGUGACUGAAAAAUACGUUCUUUGAUAGUAAAAUAUGAAAGAAAGAGGAGAAUGAGAAGCUUUAGGAGAAUAAAGAGGAGGAGAAAGAGAAUACAAUGUAGGGAAAUGAAGAGGAAGAAGAGAGAAAGUUGUAGGGAAGUGAAAAGGAAGAGGAGGAGAAAGAAGAGGAAAGAGGAGAAAUACGUGUUGAUCUAUGUAGUAACUUGCUAAGACGACAUCAGGUUCAUAGAGUUAAAACCCCACAGUCAGUCUUUAUGUGAACUUAAGUGUAAUUAUGUGUCUGGGUCAUGGAUUUUAAGUUAAUGUGUCAUCCGAAACAUCAUGUGUCACAGGAACUACAACAUUGUGUGAUGAGGUCUUUAGGUUCGAUAUACUGAUGUUGAAUGUAUAUGUGUGUGUGUGUGUGUGUGUGUGUGUGUGUGUGUGUGUAUAGCUUCAUCCCUCAGCCACACAGCAAUAUUUAGCCUAAGUCAAUGUCAUGAAAGUCCAAAGUUUUAAGGAAUUAAUUCUCUCGUUAAUACUAAUUGCCAAUCAGUUAUUUCAUAUUAACUUGGUGAUUAAGCUCCUAUGUCUCCUCCUCCUCAUCCUCAUUUUCCACUUCCUCUUAAUUUCUUUUCCUCCUCCUCCUCACUCUAAAAAUUCUCCUCUUUCCUCCUCUUUCUCCUCUUCUUCCUUUUCACUUCCCUACAACUUACUCUCUUCUUCCUCUUCAUUUUCCUACACUCUAUUCUCUUCUUCCUCCUCUUUAUUCUCCUACAGCUAUUUCUCUUUCUCUUUAUUCUCCUAAAACUUCUUAUUCUCCCCUUUCUCCUCCUCUUUCUCUUCAUUUUCCUACAGUUUAUUCUCUUCCUCUUCUUCAUUCUCCUAAAACUACUUCUCCUUUUCUUCAUUCUCCUAAAACUACUUCUCCUUUUCUUCAUUCUCCUAAAACUACUUAUCCUUUUCUUCAUUCUCCUAAAACUACUUCUCCUUUUCUUCAUUCUCCUAAAACAACUUAUCCUUUUCUUCAUUCUCCUAAAACUUCUGUUCCUCCUCUUUCUCUCCUCCUCUUCCUUUUCAUAUUCCAACAAUUUAUUUUCUUCCUCCUCUUAUACAUUCUUCUACAACUAUUUCUCCUCCCCUUCAUUCUGCUAAAGCUUCUUCUCUUCCUCUUUCUCCUCCUCUUCAUUCUGCUAAAGCUUCUUCUCUUCCUCUUUCUCCUCCUCCUCCUCUUCAGUUUUCUACAUUUUCUCCCUCUACAACCUCCUUCUUCUUCUUCUUCUUCUUCUUCUUCUUCUUCUUCUUCUUCUUCUUCUUCUUCUUUUACAACUGCCAUCAACACCAACAAAAAAAAAAAAAAAAAAAUCCCAAUGAAGUAAAAAUGAAUCAAAACAAUGGAAAAAAAAACUGAUGGUCUGCCUCCUGUUUCUCACUACUCACAAAAAGUAAACAAGUGUAUGAACCAAUGGCAGACCAGAGGAGAGAGGAGGGGGAGGAGCUAAUCUGCCAAGCUAAUGUGAAUGAACCAUAAUGACUCAAGAUCUGUCCCUGAGUGAUGGAGGCUUGGCUGUCACCUCAACCUAUUGGCCCAUAUACUCAAACAUCACAAGAGCUCGCCCACCCACAUAUAAGGCUUUCAUAGAGGUUGUGUUAGUGUUUUCAUGGGUAGUUUGUAUGAGCCUGGUGAUAGACUGACAAGGCUUCUGCACUGAGAAUGUGAAAACUACUCAUGGGAAACUGAUUAAUCUCCUCUGUGGCUUUGGGAAAUUGUGUUUGUGAGAGCUGAAAGUGUGUGAGAAAAUGAGCUUAACCCGGUAGCAGCGACGGGCCAAAUUUGUGGCUUUACCAUGUAGCAGCGACGGGCCAUAUUUGUGCCAUGAUAUAAACCCCCCAAAAUAGAUGAUACAUAAACUGAUCACAAAUGCUUUGAUAUAUAUUAUGAAAUGGUUUGUGUGAGUGAUGAUUUUUUCUCAUUUUUCUCGCUUAGAGGGACCAUUAAGAAACAUGAUCCCCGCUGUUACCGGGUUAAGACUCCAUCACUCACGAAAGUCUCUGGGUCACAUCAAUUGCUGUAAAUGAAUAUGAUUACAAGCGAUUAUGGAUAGAAUUGAAACCUUUUAACUCGACUUUUCUUAUCAGUCUUGGAGAAAAUAUACAACUAAUAAUGAUAAAGUUUCAUACAUAAUCUCAGGUCAUGCUUGUACUAUUUUUGAACAUUGUCUUUACUAAGUGUAGUAAUGAUGAAUAAAAGAAUAAUGAAGA